AUGCAGGUAGGAAUUAAAAUGCUGAGGGCUGAAAGGACGCUGGAAUUUUUCUCCACAGCCAUCAGCCAAGCUGCAAGAGUGCGCGCAUGGAAAACUAGGCGGUCUGGAGUUAACAUCAGUAAAGUGAUCUACUGCGAUAACAACUCCAGCGCCGCUGCGCUCCCGAUUUAUCCGAAGUUACGGCUCGCGCGCGGCGCGGAUGGAGCCGUGGCGGCGGUAAUGAGGUGGGCUGGUGUGGGACCGCAGGACGCCGUGCAGCAUGCAGGGACAGAGCCGAGAGUCUGGACCGCACCGAGCCCUGCUCACCGCAGUGGACAGCUGAAAAGGAUCCCUAAAGAGGAGUCAGAAAGACCGAGUGGGAGAAAAGCAGGAUGCUCCUUUAGUAGGCUAAGCAUGAAGAGUCAUAGACUUUACACCAUGGAGAACCUGCUCAGUCCAGUGAUGCCUUUGCUGAUCCUCCUCCUCCUUCCUGAUGGCGUCCUUUCCGACAAGUGCCCAAAAGGUUGCAUGUGUUCCGCUGCUUACACCGUUCUAUGUCCCCAGAGACGCUCUUCUACCAUUCCCAGGGAAAUAAGCCCACUUACAAAAAGUCUUUAUCUGUUUUCCAAUGGGAUUGAAGGCAUUUUACCUGAGCACUUCGAAGGUCUGAAUGGUUUGGAAAUGCUAGACCUUGGUCAAAAUGAACUGACCCACCUUCCAGACAGGGUGUUUGAAACUUUGACAUCCUUGAGAAAUCUGGAUUUGUCAUCCAACAAGAUAACACACAUCUCAGAGGAAUCCCUCUAUGGAAUGCCACUCCUGGAGCGCCUGUAUCUGCAUAAUAAUGGCAUCAAGACCAUCCACCCUGCAGCCUUCAAUGGUUUGGAGAAUCUGUUGGAACUUAAAUUGCAGGGCAAUAUGUUGACCUCUCUGCCCACCAUCUCAAUUCCCAGCCUGUUGCUGCUGGACCUGAGACAUAAUCCUUUAUCCACUCUGGGCCCUUCAGACCUCCAGACCCCAAACCUUGAGACACUCAUUUUGGCUGAUACAAAGCUCACCAAACUGGAUAAGGAGCUUGUGCAUAAUCUGAAGAAUCUUCAUGAACUGGACCUUUCAUCAAACCUAUUUGAUACUUUCCCACCAGCACUGAAGGAGAUCCCAAACUUGUCUUUUCUUAGCCUGGCUAGAAACCCCAUGCGUUCUCUAAAGUUUGAGAACCUGCAGGUACCUGGCAACAUAAAUGAGUUGGACAUUAGCAACAUCAGUCUACAGGGCCUCCCUGAAGUGUUCCCUCAGCUCUUCCCCCAACUCAGACAACUAGCAGUGGCUGAAAAUCCAUUCAACUGCAUCUGCAGCCUAGCAUGGUUUCCGGGAUGGGUCAGAGAAGACCUGAUACUGGAAAGACAACGGGAAACCCGUUGCCAUUUCCCACCAAUUAAUGCUGGGAAGAUGCUACACAAACUGGAGCAUAGGGAUUUUGGCUGUCCAACCACAACUACAGUUACCACAACUACCGUCAAAACUACUACUACCACCCUCUCUGUUCCGGUAACCAACUUUUCAGCUACAACAAGAGUUAUUCAAGUCCCAAGGGCCAGCAACAGUCCAGUUGAGACAGAGGGUCACUUUCCCCUACCCCCUGUCCCUGCAUCCCCCAGUAGCAGCAGCAUGGACCCAGAUGAAAAACUCAAUUUCUGUCCCCCUAACACCUGUCUGAAUGGUGGCACUUGUCAUUUGAACCAUCAUGGCACAGUAGAGUGUACCUGUCCACAUGGUACCUCUGGUAUGUAUUGUGAAGUACAAAACAUUUAUCCACCUUUAUUGCCUAAAGCUGAACUUCCAAAGGCAACUGUCAUUGCAGACCCACCAGACAUCCGAUGCCAUCAAGCAACAGCAACCUCAAUCUUGCUUGAUCUAAAACGCUACAUCAAAAAACGGCCUCACAUCAGUGGAAUCCGCCUAACCUACAGCAAUCUGUCCGGACCAGACCGCAGACCAAUUCAUCUCAGUCUCCCGGCAUCAGAAAAAUUCCAAGAGUAUAGACUUAGAGGUCUUAAUCCCAACUCCUCCUAUACAAUAUGUGCCAGUCCAUUAGGUGCACCUAAUGGCCUCGACAGUGUCUGCACCGAGGGUCAAACUGCCCCUGGAAGUACAACUGGCCCGCCUGAAAAAAUUCUAAGCCAAAAAUUAAAUCCUAUUCUGGUGCCUGCAACUGCCAUCUUGCCUCUGCUGGUACUGAUAGCAGUAAUAGUGGCACUGGUAUGCUACUUCCGCAGGAAGAAGGCCAAGGGCCACAUGGACCUCGGCUGUGAGCCCUCCCAGCUGGAGCUGGAUGGAGUUGAAGAUGGCAUGGACAAUGGGGCGUUGCCGUGCAAACAGCCUGAACUUGUGAUCCCUGAACCUGCAGUUCAAAACGGUAGUCUGGAAUAUGAAGUGUUGUUACUACAAGAUCACAGUACAUCAAAUAACAAUGUGUCUCCACACAAGCCUUCUUACUUUUAAAAACUGGCAUUGACUAUUCUGAAGUAACGGAGGAGUUUCAAUUCUUCUGUGCUGCCCCUCCAAAUGGAAUACAAAUAGCAGCAACUGCUGUUUUUAAGUGGUGGAAACUGUAUCAGCCAAACAGCAAGGAACUCACUGCCCUUUGACUGUCCGAGUUGACGGUAAAUAAGUUAAAAAAUGAUUUCUUUGGAUUUUUGAAAUCAUUAAAAGUGAUUUACUCCACAUCUGCGUCAUGCUAUGACAACAGUCCUCACUGACUUUCAUCUAUCUUGCUGUGAUAAUUGAGAUGAUUUCUUGUCAUUGGCUGAAAUUUGGAGGUUAAGAGACAUUAUAAGCUUAUGCCUUCCUUUAUGUACAGUCUCUGAGCACUGAGGUGGGAUUGUGCUGCCUUUCCCAGUGCGGGUAAACAAUUUAGUGAUUGUUUUUCCUGCUUAGAGCAGCUACCCCAAAGGGAUCAGUGCAUGCUGUGAAUGACUGUUAAGUCACCAAUAGAGUUGUGGAGUGGACAUGGAUGAUGUUUAUAUUAUUUUAUCUGGAUCUAAAGCAUUGUUUUGUAUGUAUGUUUCUGAAUAUGUUUCUCUUUUUUUAAACUGUACAACAUUGUGAAUGUUUAAACCCCUCACUACCCUCUCCCCCACCAUGUAUGACUAACAGACAAAACAGCAGAUUAAAAUCUUUGAAGAUUUAAACUCAUUUGGUACCAGUUAAAUCAGUCAGAAGGUUUUGCCCCCAGAAUCUCAGACAGUCUAAGUAGAUCUGAGUCUUGACUGAGUAAAGACUAAAUCCCCCUUCUUAAAUGUGAAGCCCUCUGCAUGGUUUGCCACCACAAAGGCAGAAGGGAAGCAGGAUUACAACAAGGUACAGAGGGAAUUAGCUGAUUGAGCCCCCUCUAAUUUAGUGUUCAGUGCACUUUGUUUCAACCAUUUUAAAGUUAGUCUUUUGGUAAAUACUCAAAUGAUUACACAAUGGCAAAAGAGAUCUUAAGUGGCUCUAUUUAUUGUUUAUCUUCCCUGUAAGGGAAAUUGCGUUAUCCAAUAACCCCGGUUCAAAAACUUCAUAUUAUUUGGCUAAGCUUAAGACAAAACAGGCAAAUGAGUACCGGAUGUGUGUUGUGCUUCACAUGAGCAAAAAAUGAUCCUUAAUGAUGUAUAAUGUACAAUCUUGUAACCAUCCAGGCGAUGGAGACGGGAGAUGCAUAAAUGAUCAACAUCCAUGUUGCUGUGUGGUGAACCGGGAGAAUACGGCACAAAGAAGCAGUUGACUGUGUGCAUAUGUAGAUCCCUCAACUUGCUUUCCCGAUAAUGCAAUUGCAUGUCCUGUCUUGUGCAAAGACCUGUAGACAUCUAGCUACUAUCAGUUACUCUCUUAAUAUGCCCAAAUGCCAAAGAGUACUUACAGCCCCAACAGGUCUGCCUUAGGGGAAACCCAAAAAAGAUUAAUCUGUGAAAGCCUGUAAAGUUACCCACAGUAUUUCCACCACAUAAGUUCCAUGCCACAAAAUGCCUUCAAAUCAAAUGAUGCAACUGGAAUAUUUGAUUGUAAAAUAAAAUACAUUGAGGAUCACCAAAAGUAUUUUCGAUGUGAACAUUAUUUUUUCCCUGUUUAUUUGGGGAAGUUGUUAUUUGUUGUUCGUUUUUUAUUAUUAUUCUGUGAAUGCAUUUGUAUAAAUUGAAAACUCAUAUUAUCAAUAAAUGA